CGUCGUCGUCGGGGGAGGGCGACAUUGGCAGCACUGACGAUGCUGCUUUCCAGAUGGUAUUUGCGGUGACUAAUACACGAGCGUGUGGAUCAGGGAGAGAAGGAACGCUUCGAGUAUCACGUUUUGUGCAAAUUGUGAAAUGAGCAUUCCUUGAAUCGCGACAAUCCAAAAGAGGUGUGUUCAGAGAGAAAUAAUACAAGUUAUAAUUUGUAUCAAGAAACUGCAUCAUGACGGAAUACAAGCUUGUGGUAGUUGGAGCUGGUGGUGUUGGAAAAUCAGCGCUUACCAUCCAAUUGAUACAGAAUCAUUUUGUCGAUGAAUAUGAUCCUACCAUUGAAGAUUCAUAUCGAAAACAAGUGGUGAUCGAUGGUGAAACGUGCCUUUUAGAUAUAUUAGACACAGCGGGACAAGAGGAAUAUAGCGCGAUGAGAGAUCAGUAUAUGAGAACAGGAGAAGGUUUUUUGUUAGUGUUCGCCGUAAAUUCGGCUAAAAGUUUCGAGGAUAUUGGAACAUAUAGAGAACAAAUAAAACGAGUAAAAGAUGCGGAAGAAGUGCCAAUGGUAUUAGUUGGAAAUAAGUGCGAUCUUCAGCAGGCUUGGGCGGUAAAUAUGACUCAAGCUAGAGAAGUUGCGCGACAAUACGGUGUGCCAUUUGUAGAAACUUCGGCGAAAACGAGAAUGGGUGUAGAUGAUGCAUUUUAUACCUUGGUGAGAGAAAUACGAAAAGAUAAGGAACGUACAGGUAAACCACCCGGCAGUAGUGGACAUAGGAAACGUCGAUGCUGCAUUUUAUAAGUCCUUGAAUAACACCAAUAUAUACUUUUACUCGACUACUACAACAACGCAGAAAUAGGAUAUGAAAAAGCCUUAUAUUAUGUUCACAAUGCACAAACAUUUGCAGCUUAUUCUACAGAACAUUAUAAUGAAUUGCAAGCACAAUUUUUUCUAUACAUGAAGAGAGAAGAACAAAUUACCUAAUAGAACAUUUUUACUAAUGGGCUUAUGUUUCAUAUAAGAAAUAUUUACUUGGCAGCUUGCCAUGCAAUUCCAUUUAACUGAAGUAUUUUAACCCUUGAUUGAAUAAAAGAAUACUGAUUUUUUUUAUAUAUCGACAUUGGCGCAAAAAAAAACAUUGUAUAUACAUAUGCUCGUAUAAUUGUAAAACUAUAAUCAGUUUUUGCAAAUGAUAAAUUUUACACUAAUGUUUGCAUUGACAAAUGUUAGGUCUUGUUGUUUCUAUAACAAAAAGUUUAUUACACAACAAAUAUAGGCCAUGAUAACAAAAUAUAACAUGAGGCAUGAAAUGCUACAUGUAUAUAUUACAAGUGUUUACUUUUUAUCUUAUAGAUAUUUAGUUGAUAAAUGCUAUUAAUCACGUGGUGCACUAAUGAAUUUUAAUCAAACAGCAAUAUAAUAUAUUAGCAAAAUGUAAUCAACGUACGAAUUGUUUUGUAACUUGUGAAUUAAGUUUUGUAUCAUUGCCAUUUUAUAUCUUAAAUAUUUGCUAAGCAACUAAAAUUAUCAUUCUAAAGAAGAAAAAAGCUUGGAAUCACAAAAACAAUAUCACAAACUUAAUUCAUUAUGUGCUGUGAUUAGAUAUUCUUAAGUACAUCAAGUUAGUUAAGUGUACUGUUAUUAAGUCUGCAAUUUUUAAAUAGGACAUUAUUUAGUAAUUAUAUAUAGAAGAGGGAAUACAUGAAUACUAUAUUGAGUAUUUGAAUAAUUUAUCUUUUUGGUAUUGGAAAAUAAAUAUAAAUCAGAUAAUGAGAUAAAUCAGAUAUUGCACAACUAUAUUAAAAUAAAUUUGCAUGCCAAUUAAAUUUAGAGAGAAGAAUAUCGCUUUCUUGUAUUAACUCUUUAUGCUACUAACAUAUUAUUAACCAAAGGCUUAAUAUUCAACUAUACAACAUUUAUUACAUAGAAUUAGUAAGUUUAUUACAAGAAAGCUAUAUUUCUGCCAGUAUGUGCUUAAAAUAAAUAAAAUAAAUUUAUCUUUCUCUAUAGUUUAUAUAAGAAUUUAUUAAGUAUACUUAAAUGUGCUAUCUUCUCUCCUAAACUUUAUUAGAAGAAACGUAAAAUAAACACAUUGUUAUGAAAUGCUAUUAAAAACAAUGGCAACAAA